AUUAAGCACCACCUUCUUCAUCUUUCUAUUCCAAACAAAGUUCUCUUAAGAAGAAGAAGAAGAAGAAGAAGAAGAGAUGAAUGAGAAUAAGUUAAGAAAAGUGUUCGUCGGAGGACUUGGAUGGGAAACGGAAAAGGAAGCACUGAGGGAGCACUUCAGCCAGUUCGGCGACAUCGUCGAAGCCGUCAUCAUCUCCGACAAGUGCUCCGGCCGUUCCAAAGGCUAUGGCUUCAUCACUUUCACUAACUCCACCUCUGCCAUUAAAGCCUGCCAAAAUCCCACUCCUUUCAUCAAUGGCCGCCGAGCUAACUGCAAUCUUGCCUUUCUUCGCUCUCGCCGCCUCCCUUCCUCCUCUCCUCCUCCACCACCACCACCACCAUCACCGCCACUUCAAGGAGGAGGGAGGAAGGUGGUGGGGAGGGGGACUUCUUGGUAUUGUUAUGCUCCCGGGCCGUACAACCAUAUCACCGCCGGUGGGAUGACGGCGUUCUACGUCGCCUCCGCCGCCGCCGCCGCUGCGCCGGCGUACGGGUAUUCUCCUUCCUGCAUAUCAAACUAUGGCUACAAUCAGGGACAGUACUCUUGCCAAGGAACUGUGUUGGCUCCAAAUGCAAUUUUGCACAUGUAUCCUAUUUAUCAUUUUCAGCAUCACCAGCCACAGGUUGUAGGCAUUCCUGCUCAGUUCUUCUCACCGGCACCGCACGCAUCGGCAUUGAUCUGUGGCUUUACUACGACAUUCCCAGUCAUCAUCUCUGACCCUCUCGCGGUGUCUCCUACUAAUGUUGAAGCAGUAAAAGGAUGCAGUUGAUUAUGAACAAAUUGAAGGCUUAAUUAAAAUGAAGUAUUAAUGUUUUUAUUGUUUAUUUAUUUUUCAUUCAAUUAGCCAAUUUGGCUUCAAUUUGUACCUUCUGACAUGCAUCACAUAGAUGCAAAUAUGUAACUGAAACAUUGUCAGUUUACUGUU